CUUAAAUACUUUUGAGGAGAUAUGAAAUGCCAUUGGAAUCGUAUUAACGCCCAAUUGUCAAAUGCUAACUAUAUAUAAUACGCAGGUAGUAUGAAUUCAUCUGAUUUUACACUAAGACGUGUCUUGUUAUAUAUAUUCGUGUUAUGUCUGUAUCGCAAAAAUCGAUCUAGCGUGUGUAAACAAUAACAAACGAAUACUGCGAGCUGAUUGGCUGCCCGUCCUGAACUCAGCAUGGUCGAAGGUCAGAGUAUGAUAUUUCGCAGUAAAUUUAAACAUGGAGUCCAUCUUUCAUGAAAAACAAGAGGGCUCCCUGUGUGCUCAGCAUUGCCUUAACAACCUUCUGCAAGGCGAGUAUUUUACCCCCGUUGACCUAUCGUCCAUUGCCCAUCAACUGGAUGAGGAGGAAAGGAUGAGGAUGGCCGAGGGUGGUAUAGGUAGUGAGGAGUACAUAACGUUUUUACAGCAACCAUCUGGUAACAUGGAUGACAGUGGUUUCUUUUCUAUACAAGUUAUCAGCAAUGCGUUAUCAGUGUGGGGUUUGGAGCUGACCCUCUUCAACAGUCGAGAGUACCAGAGGCUUAUGAUAACCCCAAUAAAUGAAAAGGCAUUUAUAUGCAACUACAAGGAGCACUGGUUUACAAUACGAAAACUUGGGCAACAGUGGUUUAAUCUGAAUUCAUUAUUGACUGGACCAGAGCUGAUAUCAGACACAUACCUAGCCCUCUUCCUUGCACAGUUACAGCAAGAAGGGUAUUCCAUAUUUGUGAUCCGAGGAAAUCUCCCAGGGUGUGACGCAGAGCAGAUACUGGGGAUCAUGAAGGUGCAGCAGCAAGAGAGACCAAAGCUGAUUGGAGAGAACGAGGCUCAGUCGAGUAGUGGCAUGGGCAGAUCAUCAGGGCAGGGUAGUGUGCUGGAGACAGGCCCUGGCGUAGAAGAGGAUGAGCUGAGGAAGGCCCUGGCCCUGAGUACACAGGACAUGGAGGUGGAGGAUGAAGAGGCUGACCUUCGCAGGGCCAUACAGCUCAGCAUGCAGGGUAAGGCUAUAUUGGGGCCAGUAAUGAGCGAUAAGUCAAUGUUGAAAAGGGGGCUUGUUGCCAAGACAACAUUGUCAGACCAUGCACCAGGGAGUAUUACAGGGGGAGCACCUCAGAGUGAGAAACUCUCAGCCGAGGAACUGCGAAGGAGGAGACAAGCCUACUUUGACAGACAGUUCCAACAGCUGGCUCAGCCCACUUCACCUAAACAAUCUACAGAAAGCACAGAAUCUGGGAAGAGUGGCACAAAGGAGGAUGCACAAGCCAAACGCAGCCAGUAAGGUGGAGGGAGGUCCAGCAGAAGCCUACGUUGACUACUACCUGCCUUGGCUGGUACCCCCAUCACGGGGAAACCUCAUCCCCUCCUCUAACUCUUCCCAUGAGCGAACAUUAUGGCCGGCCAGAAGGUUGACACGGCUCUCUUGGCUAGUUUGCUGACAGGUUCUAGAGAAGAAAAUAACAACAAUUAAAAAAGCACUAGUCUCAUCUAACACAAGUGACGCUGAGGCCGGGAAGAGGGACGAUGCAGUUAUUUGAAGCCUGUGAUGGCCUUUCUACCACAGCGCCUUCUUUGUCUAAUUUGUGUGUUUUUUUUUCCUACGCAUGUUAUUUUCCUCUGGGAGGGGUCUUAAUGGAGCCUACUUUGCCGAGGUGUGUGUGGUAGAUGGGCACAAUGGUGAGGUGUGUUACAGACAGGAAACCAGGAAUUACCUAGGCUAAUCCUCUAGCCUUCAGUAUGGGAGUGCUACAUGGGACCACUGGUUUGAUAAUGACCAUCAUAGUCUCUUGUCUUCUUUCACUUGGGUCUUGUAAGAGAUCACCAUUUCCCUAAAAAAAAAAAAAAAAAUAGAUUGGUAUCCAGUAGUGAGGUGAAUUCAUUAUUAGCUGUAUUAGUGCAUCAUGAAAAGAAACAUGUUAUAUAAACAGCAUUAUGUAGUGUGGGUUAUUUUAAAGGGCUGACCUGAUUUGCCACAGCUAUUUUAUUAAGCACCCAGGCCACCACCAUGGUUCACAAACUGAUUUGGUUUUUUGAAGUAGUAUAGAUAAACACUUUUAGUAAAAUGA